CUUAACUUUGUAUUUGUUCAAUUGCAGUGGGUGUUUGAGCCUGAUGAGGCCAGACUUCAGUUGUUCUUUGACCAGGUUUCUGGUAAAGACAUCACAGAACUAGUUGCUGCUGGAAGAGAAAAGCUUGCCUCUGUCCCUGCUGGUGGAGGUGCAGUUGCCGUGUCAGCUGCUCCUUCAGGUGGUGCAGGUGCUGCUGCCGCAGAGGCUCCAAAGGAGGAGAAGAAGGUUGAAGAGAAAGAAGAGUCAGAUGACGAUAUGGGUUUCAGUCUCUUUGACUAAGUGGGAAGGAGCUGAUGUUUACAGCAAGUCUUUGCAUUUUAAAUAUAGCUCAAGUUUUGUUUGCUAUUUGGAAAUGUUCUAGAUUUAUUUUGAGAUUUUAAGUUUCUUUUUAGCUAAUCAGUGACUGAGGCAUUGGCAGACAAUUAGUUAUAUUGAAUUAUGUGUUAAAAUGCAUAAUUGCAUCUUGUUUUAACCUCAAGUCCUUUUUUCAUGAAUCCUUCUUAAUGGAUAAAAUCAGAUUUAUUUACAA